UAGUUAAUGUCGUUGAUGAUUUCAGGUUGUGGCUAAUCUGAUCGUUAGACCAUGUUCCUUUAAUUGUCGUAAAACGGUCGCACGACAUCGCGGCGAUAGCUAAACCGCUUUACGGACGACACCUCUGUCCUUGUAAACAUGUGGUGAACCCAUUCCACCUUCUGAAGCCUACAGCAGCACAGAGAACGUAACAUGGCGUCUCAUUUCCUCAAGUACUCGGCGCUUCUUCAGAAAUACCGGACUCCGCUGCUCGUCGCGAGCUGUGGUGGAAUCUUUGCGGCCAAAAUAUUUUAUCACGUAUUCCCCGACAACUCCUAUCGUCAGCUCUAUCAGGCCUGGCACAACGGACAGGAAGUCACACUGUCUUCAAAGCUGCAAGUUGUUUUUCAACAGGUGUUGAAAGACUAUGGCCUCACCUCCCCCAAGAAGUUUUCUGCUUUUGCCUCUUAUGGGUUCCAUCCAGUUGGUGCUGGAGUCCCUUGGCUCCCCGCAGGUGUCCAAAUUGGAAUCCCAGCGAACUUUAACAGCACAAGCGACGACUCCAGUGGAAUCACCAACCGCAUUGUUUUCAUUAACGGCAAACCAGUUGACUGGAGCAGUGACACUGGUUCUGCUCUGAAAGAAGCACUGGUGUUUUCCCCUGAGGCACAGAAGUUUGCUAUAGCCCGGGAGGUGGCUCGAUUGCAGUCUGGAGGACCUGUCCUAAAUGCUGUCGUUGCCCCCUUCUGCCUGAGUGGGGUUUGGGUGUACAGCGUGGUUUUAAAGCAGGUAUUUGGCCUCCAUGCCGGGCCAGCUCUGCUUCGUGGAGUUGCAAAUGUCGUGGCACUGAGUCUUGGCGCCGUGUCAUACUUCCUAACGUCUGAUGCUGUCAACCAAUGGAUUGAAAAUAGCUCUGACAGACGUGCGGCUGGAGUGUCCCGAGAUUAUGCCAAAGGAGGAUUAGAGUUUUAUGAUAAGAUGCUAUCUAGAAACAGGACUCUGCGCACUCUGAUGGGUCAGAAAGGAGAGGCGAUGUAUGCUCCCAGUGGGAACUUGUUCCCUGCUCACCUUCUUCAGCUUAAACAUCCAUCGUACACAUCCAGAAGGGAAGGCAUCCUUGCACUGCUGAAGGAGGAGAAAGUUUGAAAAGACAAGGAAGAGGGCUGCCGUGUUUAGAAUAAUGAAUAAUGUCACUGUACCUCAUGAACAGUUCUACGGUCACUAUUGAAUGGACUGACAUCUAAACACAUCACUGCUUGCAUCUUGGUGUCAAUAUAGAAAUAAUAAUAAUUCUACCUUAGCUAAAAGAUCUUAAAUCUAAUGUUUAUAUAAAAAUGUGUUAUCAUAAUACAAAACUGGAAAAUACAAUUUUUUCUUCAAAACUAUAUAAAAAUCCUAUCCUUCA